ACGCAAAAACGCUGAUGCCACACACACCAAUGCCACACCUCAUUGGUAGGUGGUUUUGGCGCUUCCUUAUCUCGUUCCCAUCGAUUCAAUCCCGACAGUCUGAGACUCUGGCUUUGUGACCCGCGACAUCGGGGAGGUGCAUAACUAUGUUCCAUCUCUUUUGUCUGAAGACUGGCGGGGUUGCUGGACUGCAAGGACUAUGGCAUUUUCUGUAAAAGUUCAUUUUGUCAUAUUGGUCGGUCACUCUCAAGGAGGUAUUGAAUAGGUCCGACGUGAUUCAGGACAAAUCGACGAAAUUUCCUCGGACGUGUAUCUUCAUACAUGAUAAUUUCCCUCAUUCUAUUGGAGAUAUAAGUGAUGUCUACCGGUGUACCAUGGUUUCAAAGUCCUAUGGAAAAAUAGAGGUGGCCGUCAAAUCCUUGAGGAUCCUUGAUUCGAGUGAAGACGCGAUAAAGGCAUUGCGCAAGAGGAUCUAUCGCGAAGUGCGUGCGUGGGCAACGUUGCACCAUAAGAAUAUACUUCGCUUCUUUGGGACGACCUCAGGAUUCGGACCGCUCCCCGCGUUCGUAACCCCUUGGAUGGAGCAUGGGUCAUUAACAAACUAUCUGUCUCUCGAGUUCUUCAAUCUGUCGAGUAGAGACAAGUUCCUACUUCUCGAACAAAUUGUGACAGCUAUCCAGUACCUUCAUGACAAACAUAUCAUUCAUGGGAACCUCACCGCGCACAACGUAUUGAUCGAUUCCAGGGGAAACGCAUACGUGACGGACUUCGGACUGUCGAUGCUCCUUGCAGAAUGUGAUGGCUUGUCAUUUGAAGCCUACCAACCAGGCUCCAUACGCUGGGUUGCGCCUGAAUUGAUAAAUCUUGCAGAAGAAGAAGUUGAAAAACCCACCACCUGCUCCGACGUUUACUCGUUCGGUUCUGUAGCACUUCAGGUGCUAUCCGGAAAACUCCCUUAUCACUGGCUCGAAGACCCGCUUCAUAUCAUGGCUGCUAGAUACAAGGGUACGCACCCGAUGGAAGCAGACAGCUCGGUUGAUAGGCAACACAUACCCUUUCUUCAAGGAUGCUGGUCAAAGCCGUCUGAUAGACCGACGAUUGAUCACGUUCUGGGUUACGUUCGAAGUGCGCUACCACCGUAGCGUAAGUGGUAUGCAUAGUCACCGCACUGAUGGUGCAGGAUUCUCUCAGUAUUUAUUUAACACACUAUUUUGAAACUACGUAUCAUAUUUACCGCCGUACCGUUGAGUACUAUAUAUUCUCUCGAUACCCUCUGUAACCAAAUCUUCAAUCAACCCGUGCUCAAAUGUUUGAAUUCAAACUGAUGCUCACUGA